AUGAUGGGUGACGACGUCAGCUUACAUUUCAAAUGCAAAGGUAUCUUGUACAGUUUAUUGGUGAAGACAUCAACGAACGAGAUAACACUAUUGAUGGUAAAAGCUUUGAUAUGCAAGAAGUUUGGGUGGGAUGAAAAAAUGGUGGAAUUGAAAUUGAGAUACAUUCCCCUGAUUGUGAGAUGCGACGAAUACACGACCGUAGCUUCUGAUGACGAUCUCAGGUGCUAUCUAAGUUCAGUUGAUCCCCAAGGCUGUAGAUGUAUGUUGCAUGUAGAGGUCACGGCUUCCUCAACACAGCCCACAGCGCAAGUAUCUAGAGCAGAGAAGGAAAGUUCUGUUGGUGUGAACUAUAAUGAUGAUGAAAUUGGAGGUAAUGCCGUGGCUCUAUAUGUAGGCAACAACGUCGAAGCAGAACAAGAAGAGGAGGCAGAACAAGAAGAGGAGGAGAAUGCAGAGCAUGAAGAGGAGGAGAAUGCAGAGCAUGAAGAGGAAGGAGAAAAAGAAGCUCAGGAGAUGGAUGAGGAUGAUGUUACAGGCGAAUAUAGGCACAACGAAUAUGAUGAACCACCUGUUGUACUAGCUAGUCAGUAUACAGAGCCAUGGGAAGAUGGUUUGAAUGUCAGAUUACUUCAAGAGUUUCCAAAUAAGAAGGCAGUGCAGAGAAUGGUGGAUAAAGCUGCAUUUGAGAACUCUUUUGGUUUUGUGCUAGUGAAAUCAGAUAAGGAACGAUAUGUGGUGAAAUGUCAAGAUAAAAGGUGUGAGUGGAAAUUACGAGCUGCAAAGGUACUAAAUACACGGUUUUGUUUCUCAAUUAGAACGCACCACAAGAUGCAUACAUGCUCCCGGGCUAGUCAGAGUACAGUAAAGAAGAGGAAAGGCACUCCAGAUUUAGUUGCAUGUUUAUUGCAUGGAGAUUAUCCAGGAUCAAUGGAGACACCAAAUCCUGGAACUAUCCAGAAGCUUGUUCAGACCAGAUUUGGUGUGAAGAUAUCCUACUCCACGGCGUUGAGAGGGAAAAAUCGUCAUGCUUAUGAUCUGCGUGGUGAUCCAGGAGAGAGCUACAAGAAAUUGUAUUGUUAUUUGCAUAUGCUAGAGAAGGUGAACGAAGGUACAAAGACAAGUGUGAAAUUGGAUGAAGCCGGAAAAUUCUGUACCUAUUCAUUGCUUUGGGAGCUACCAUUGAAGGGUUUCAAUCUCAAGAUCCUAAUAGGCACAACUAUCCCCUGGUUUGGUGUACUUGAUAGUGAGAACAAUGAUAGCUGGAAUUGGUUUUUCGAGUUGCUGAAAUCUGUUAUACCAGACUCGUCCGAAUUGGUGUUUAUGACUGACAGAAAUGAGAGCCUCAUCAAUGCCGUAGCUUAUGUGUAUCCAAGGGCUCAUCAUGGGUAUUGUGUAUGGCAUUUGUCUCAAAAUGUGAAGGAUCAUGCCUUUAAUGUCAACAAAGGCGUGGUUUCAUUUUAUUUCAGGGAGAUGAGCAGGCAUUACACGGUGGCUGCGUUUGAGGCGGCUUACAGUUCAUUUGAAGCGAGAUUUCCUUCUGCAGCUGCGUAUCUAGUAAAGACUACGAACAAUAGGAAGGAAACUUGGGCAAGGGUUCAUUUUCCGGGAGUAAGGUACAACCUAGACACAAGCAACUGUGUGGAGUCUUUAAACAGUACUUUUAGGCCUGCAAGGAGAUACGCCUUGAUACCCAUGCUUGAUGCGAUUAUUGCACAAAUUUCUAAAUGGUUUAAUGAACAUCGGAAGGAGGCCGCUGCUGGAUCAGAAGCGCAUAAGUUGGUACCUCUGGUGGAAAACCUAAUGCACGAUAUGUGGAAGGAGGCUGAGAAAUUACAUGCGACGGAGUUAAACAGUUUCGAGCUUCUUUAUGAUGUAGUAGCUAAGAAAUCCGACGGCACCGCUGACCCAGAGAGUAAGAAUUACAGUGUGGACUUAAUCAGGAAAAGUUGCAGUUGCAGGGUGUUUGAUUUUGAGAAGAUUCCUUGUGUCCACGCACUAGCCGCUUUCAUGGAAUUCAACACCAGCAAUGUAGAUAGUUCUCGAUAUCCUAUGCAAUUGAUUGAGCUGGUCUCACAUUAUUACUUGAUCGAGGUGUGGCAAUUGGCGUAUUGGAGGACGAUUUUUCUCGUGCCUCAUGAAUCGGAAUGGAAGGUCCCUGAAGACGUGAAGGCAAAGAAAAUCAUACCGUUGCAACCUAUCCCGAAAAAGGGAAGAAAGAGAACGAAGAGACUUUUUGGUCCCGGAGAAUACCGGCGUCCAAGGACAGCAAACAAAAGGCGGAAAAGACAAGGAAUCGUGUGGGGGGACCUAGAGAAAGGUUCUCAGCCAAGUCCAGAUCCGGAAGUUGUGUAA